UAAUUUAGAGGAUGAUGAACACUUGGUUACCAGAAUAAACAGUUCAAAAACAAAAUGAGAACACCAGUUGAGACCACUGUGUCUGUAACAUUAAUUUGUGUUUAACCCACUCUAAAUCAAGAAGCUUCCGAUAUAAAAAAAGAUUAUACUUUUACAGUAAGAUAUUUUAUCUGUCACUUCUCUUAGCUGUAUUUUCUUUAAAAAAUAAAAUAAAUGUAUAUUUUCAGACAGGUCCCGUAAGGUCACCAAACGUCUGACAUGGGCCUUGCUCAGGUGGUUGGGUUAAAGUUCCCAGUUGUUUCUACAGCCACACUGCCACCUAAAUAAACACUUCACAGAGACCAGUUCAUUGGUCUGCUCCAAGCCCCUAGACCCACAGCUUACUGCCAGGAAUUUUAGAAAGCAUUUUUACUUACAAACCACAUGGGAAUGUCUGAAUAUAUAUAUAAUCAUAAUCAAAAUGCGAUCAUGGAGACCAAUACAUAUAACAUAUGGGUACUUUUUGUAGAUAAGCAGAUAAGAGUUCAAUAUGUUACAUACAAUUACAAUACAAUUUUGUGCUGCCAGACUGAUGUGCGUCUCUACAGAGAAUGGCAGAGAAAAGGUGACUAAAAGUAUUCAGAAUGACUGUCUGUGCAUUAAAAUAAGCAUAUGAUUAACUGUGCAUAAUUGAAAAGAUAAGAAAAGUAGAAAAGCCAAAAUGUUGUCACAUUAGUACUUAUAGAUGUAAUAAAUAAUCCCUUCCCGGAGUUCUCAAACAUCACAUGACAAAGCUUCAAGGGCUCCAUCCUGUCAGGUUGUCAUGGGAACCGUGUAUCCCUCCCCACUCUGCCUUGUAGUCUCCCAGGAGAGCGCUGUGCACCUCUGAUUCCCCGGUGCACGGCUGAAAACAAAACCAAUCUCUCCCAACCUGUUAGAUAAUACCCGAGUGAGAACCUGAGUCCGUGAGAUGCGUGAUGGGAGCAGACGCCUGUGACAUCUAUUUAAACAAACUGUAGUGCCUCAAAUGUGUGUGGAAGCUGAGAAAGGGAACAAACACAUCUCAUUUAGAUUAAUGAGAGGCUGUGCACUUGGCCACCGAAUGUUAUGAUCACGCUGUUUGAGGAGUGGCUCUACUUAGCAGAUGAACAAUAUAAUUUCACCAAGGUGGUGCGUUCAGGUCUUUUAUUAUUCCAGCCGCUAAACGAUAUAAAAAUUCCCACACAUUUAAUUCUGUAAAUGCAUGGGUUGCAAAUGUAGGCAGCCGAGGACACACCCUAGAAUAGAUGAUAUAGGCCUCAAAUGGACUUCACUGUCACAAUGUCAGCCAAUUCCUAGCCUCACAUUUUCCUCCUCUGCUUUUUUCCCCUGCCAUGUACUAACUCUCCUGUAAUUUCAGAUCCUGUCACUCCCACCUGCUCUGCAGUAACCUCUGUGUUCCCGCCAUUCCCCAACACCUGAUCUGCCCUGCCCACCUGCACACCUGUUCCCACUUCCCCAUCACCCCAGUAGCUUCCAUACUGGCCCACUUCCAUUCAUUCCCCGCCAGAUCAUCUAUUGUGCCUCUGCCUAGAAUUCCAGACAAUUUCUCUGCCUGUCGUGACCCUGCCCCCCAGCUCCUGCUCUCUAGCCUGAGUCCCUGAUUGUAUAUGUUUGCCUCAUCUCCCUUGCCUUCCUGAUUUGACUUUUGCCUGUUUUUGACCUUUUCGAGCAAACUUUUUCUUUUUACCAGCCUGGUCUCAGUGUCGUGCUUUUGGGUCCAAAGCCUUUACAUGCACCUGCCUUAAAACAUCAGCAGUUGCAUUAAAUGUUUAUGUUGUGUUUUCUGGUUAUUUUGUUGUUCAUCUUAAUUUCUUGUUAUUUGAAUCCUCUUGAUUAUAAAGUAAAAGUGCAGGUCAAGGCCAUGUAUUUUGUUAAGUGCAGUGUAUGUUGAGUGUGCAGAGUUGUGUGCAUGUAUAGUCUCCGUAUGUUUUAGUCCUUGGUUCACCUGCAGGAGGAGCUGUGGCUCGCUGCAGCCUCUCUGGAGCAGAAGAGAGAGAUCCCUCUUUUUCUCCUUCAGUGGCAUGAAUAAUAUCCCCAGUGCUGGAGAGAGAGCAUAUCAAGAGGCAAACGGGAAGGGGAGAGAGAUAGCAGCCAGUGUGACAGAUAAGAGCGUGGCAGAACUUGUCUCCCUGACUGAACCGUGGGCUGGGGAAAGAGAGCGCAAGUGCACCAGAGUGUCAGGCAAGGCUGCUGCCUGCACACACACAAACACACUCUCACUUACACACACACACACACACACACACACACACACACACACACACACACACAGACCCCUAAGCCCGGCUGCACCAGAAGAAGUUCAGAGAGAAGACUGACCUUAAGAAGGUGGGUUGGCGUAAGUUUGGUCCGUGGAUUAACUCGAACAUUAUGGCUUUCCUCAAACUGAGCCUUCUUGUCCUGUAGAGGAGUUGUGUGUUUCCCCUCUAGAAGAACUUGCUUCGUGUUUACAGCCUGAGGGAGGAUGGAGAAGCUGUCAGGGAAAGACAAGGAGCUGAUACGAGGCAGCUGGGAGAGCCUGGGCAAGAACAAAGUUCCUCAUGGUGUCAUCAUGUUUUCCAGACUGUUUGAGCUGGACCCUGCGCUCCUCAGUCUUUUCCACUACAGUACAAACUGUGGCUCCACACAAGACUGCCUCUCCAGCCCUGAGUUCCUGGAACAUGUCACCAAGGUGAUGCUUGUGAUCGACGCAGCAGUCAGCCACCUGGACGACCUUCACUCCUUGGAGGACUUUCUGCUCAACCUUGGGAGGAAGCAUCAGGCAGUGGGAGUCAACACACAGUCAUUUGCUAUGGUGGGUGAGUCCCUCCUCUACAUGCUGCAGUGCAGUCUGGGCCAGGCCUACACAGCACCGCUGCGUCAAGCCUGGCUCAACAUGUACAGCAUCGUGGUUGCAGCCAUGAGCCGAGGGUGGGCCAAGAACGGUGAGGACAAGGCUGACUGAGGCACUCAGCGGGAGCUGCUGAGCGUUUGCUGUCAAAUCACUCAACAUGGUUACCAUGGAAUGCCGUACAUUUGCUCAGUGAGUGGGGUCGCAUAGCGUAGCAAAUGUAUGGUGUGGUUACACUUUACAAUUGGAUCGACCAAUCGCAGAGUUUAUUUUCUUUGCUGUGGAUGUUUAGCUACCAGGUAAUGCUGGUGUACAGCUGUGAGGAUCUGAGCCAGCCUGCUUAAAUUCUGGACUUGUAAUCUGAGCGCCUCACACUGAGAAAAAGCAACAAGGAUAACUGUUGAGUCUCUUUGUAUAUAAUGGCUUUGAUAUAUCUACUCAAAUGAUAACAGUGACUGUAGUGGUCUUUGUGAUGUAUCCUAAAAGAGUUGCAAAGUUGUGAAACACCUGAUAUUAUGUUUUGGCAUCACACACUACUCAAACUGCGAUGGUUACUGUGGCCAGCACGGGCAGCUUUCUAUCUAACUGGAACACAGUGAUACUUUACAAAACAUGUUCAAAGUUUUGGGACAAAGCAAUGUGAUUUUACAGCAGAAAAUCCUAUCACCUUAAUCAUAAUCAUUACUGUGUUUUCUAUUGAUAUUACACACCACAUUACACCUCUUUUCGUGUGUGACUUUGUUAUCUAACAUUUAACUUAUUGAUGAUAAGCAAAGCAGAUUGAGAAAAAAAAGAUAUUCAAUAGAUACUGACAAGAACUGUUUUACUCUCUGAUAGCUUUCUUCAGAGAUCUAUGACUGUUAAGGCGUCCACGUGCACCUUACUCGACAUGGUGUGUGAUGCUCUCCUCCGUAGAGAUUGUGAAUAUUUCAUUUAGGCUUCAACUGACUGUUAAACUCUAACUAAUAGACUGUUAUGUGACCUUUUAGAGUUUGAAAGUAAAAGGGCAUCUUGGAGGAAUUAUAACAUCUUUGUUCCUUGGCUAUCAGUUUCCAGUCAUUGUUAGUGUAAAGUAGUUUUGUUGUACUGUAGUCGCUUAUCUCAGUAAUGCUUAUUAACUGUGUUGUUGUGGCUACAAGCGUAGUAUUACCUCGGCUUUAGCGGUGAAGAUAAGCAGAGUGGCCUGUGUUUCUCCAUCACAGAACUUCUACAUGGAAGUGAAGCUGGAAGUGAAUAUUUGUUUUGGAUUAUGAAACAGAGAGAUUAAGAGAAACUUAAUUGAUUUCCUUUUUAAUUUUUUAACACAAAACAAAUUAUACAGAGAUACUGUGUGCCGACACUGUCCAAUAUGUAUGUGUCAUUAUUCUUGCUGCCAUAACACUGUAUGUAUCAUCCUCAGCUGUUAUUUACAUUCAUGGUCAUAAUGCCAAGUAACUUAGCAACAGUGCGCCAAGUAUUAGAUAAAAACACCAUACAACUGUAAAUCCAAACUGCUGAUAUGUGGUUAUUAUCGCUUUAGUCUGAGUUUACAUUUAUAAAGUUUAUUUUUAUAUUCUGAAAUGUAUGCGUAGUUAAAGAGCAUUGAUUUAUUUUAUUUUUUUCCAAAUGUGAGGUACUGUACAGUAUAUCCUCCAGAUAUAUUACCUUGUGUGGAUUUCCAAUUAAUGAACCUAAUACAAGAAAACAAACUUGCAAAUUUGCUGCUUUUAGUCGGGUUUCGUUUAAUCAAAAUAAUAGAAAUAUUAUCAACUUCUAAAUGUGCGGUCUUUACAGAAAAUUAGAAAAAGUUUUCUAUUGAUCUAUUUUAUCCCUGCAUAGUAUGUUCAGUCUGUACUUUCCAGCCCACAGGUGUAAUGUUUAUUAACUGACUGUGUAGGUGGUGUAUUUGUAGUGAUUCUUUUCUUAGUAUCAGUACACAGCCCUAUGCAGGUUGUUGUUCUCCAUGUCUCUGUUUUCAAUUACCUGACGUUAGGUCUUUUUAGCAGGCAUAACUGAUGAGUGGGAUGUUAUCCCGCUAACAUCCAGCUCUGUACGUAUUGGGUGUGUCACUGUCUACCUCAUCAUUAUCAGCUGCUACUGAACAGCGAUGACUUCACCUAGUUAUCCUUCAACCAAAAAUGCACAUUAUUAUUAGACUCUUUGUAAACUGGAUUCCAUCCUACAAAAAAACAUGUUGUGUGCUUACUUGAGACUAAAUAAAGUGAUCUGUGGAUAUUUUACUGCUAAA